AUGUUUCCUUACUUUAUUCCUUAAAUCAACCAUUUUUUAAAUUGGGAAUUACUUAAAUACGAUUCAACAGAAACCUUUAAUCCUUUUUCAAGUCAAUUCAAUAGAAUGAUCUGUACAAGCAUGGUAUAAAGUUCCUGAUUCAAUUCAUCUUAAUAGUACACAUUAUAGAUUAUUCAAAGCCAAAUAUAAUUAUCAUAUUAAUUAAGCUAAAUCGGAUAUAGGCUUUAGAUUAGAAUCUAAAUUCUAUUGAUUCUAUUAACUAUGAAUUUACUCGUCCUCUUUAGCAUCAUUUUUAAAUCUUAUACUCAUUAUUGGUUAUUUAUUAUUAUUAAGAAGAGCAGCAAUUAAUACCAUUACUGAAAUAAGAGGAUUAAAUUGAUAAAAAAUGAAAAAGAGUUCUAAUGCCAUCAAUUUAGGUAUAAAUCAUUAGCACAAUUAAGAGG